AUGGCGUUCCAUCUUCCCCCGUCUGCUGCUGCGGGGAACACAUCUUCCGACUCCGGCGCGUCGACGAAUCCGCGAUACACACCUGUUUCUAAUGGUUCAGAGGACGAUAGAUACUCUGACUCCAAUAGCAGACCGAAACAAUCUCCUGUGGGACCGUUGCGGGUCCAGACUGAUUUUGGGGGUACGGAGGGGGCUGUUGGGGGACCUGUUUCGGACGGUGAAGACGGAGAUGGGUUUAAUGGGGAUAGAUUGGAGGGGAAGAGAGUGCGAGCACGGAGACCAAAAUAUACAUUGGAGGAGGAAAGGGAGGUGGUGAGGAUCUUUGACAAGAGACUUGUGCCCUUUCUUGCUCUUUUGUAUCUUUUGGCUUUCUUGGAUCGGUCCAAUAUCGGGAACGCUAAGAUAGCCGGGCUACAAGAGGAUCUACAGCUUUCCUCUUCACAGUAUGAAUGGCUCCUGACGGCAUUCUACAUUACAUAUAUCCUGUUUGAAUGGAUGACACUAAUGUACCGCGUUAUCCCGCCGCAUAUUUAUAUCUCUAUAUGUGUGUGUGGAUGGGGACUGGUAGCUUCGUUCCAAUGUCUUGCAACUUCGUUCGAAGGCCUAGUCAUCCUCCGUCUUUUGCUCGGCAUCACAGAGGCAGCAUUCGGUCCCGGUGUUCCAUUUUAUCUAUCGCUGUUUUACCGGCGUCACGAGCUGGCGUUCAGAAAUGGACUGUUUAUUUCAGCCGCACCGCUAGCAACCACUUUCGCUAGCAGUCUCGCCUGGAUGAUCGUCAAGCUCAGUGGUGACGGACCGAUCUCUCCGUGGCGCACACUUUUUUUGGUAGAAGGGUUCCCAAGUGUUGUCGUUGCCGUCUUUGCUUGGGUUCUUAUCCCUGAUUCCCCGGGUAAAGCUCGAUUCCUUACGCGCAGACAACGGGCCGUGGCUCGACGACGGCUGGAAGAAACUACCAAGUCAGACUACCAGCAAUCUCAAGAACAGGGUUUCAACUGGCGGGAGAUUUUGAAGACAGCUUCUGACCCCAAAGCUUACAUGGCAGCUUUCAUGUUCUUCAGCUGCAAUGUCGCUUUUAGCUCUAUGCCAGUGUUUCUCCCUACCAUCAUCAAAGACAUGGGCUUCUCCUCCCUCUCCGCACAAGCCCUCUCGGCCCCACCCUACCUGAUAGCCUUUCUCGUCGUCCUCCUCACAGCUUGGGCCUCAGACCGCACCCGCACCCGCAGCCCAUAUCUAAUAGCGCACGCACUAAUAUCCUCCCUCUCAUACGCCGCAAUCGCAGCAGCAGGUCAUUUCCACGCCGACCUUCCUCCUCCUUUACACACCUUUAUCCGCUACAUCUGCGUCUAUCCCGCCAUAUCAGGAUUCUUCUCCGCAAUCACACUGAUCAUCACCUGGUCGAUGGACAACCGUGUCGAGAAAGAAGGAAAAGGGACAAGCAUUGCCAUCUUGAAUAUCAUUGGUCAGUGUGGCCCUCUUCUGGGGACGAGGUUAUAUCCAGAAGCGGAUGGGCCAUGGUAUGUGCGUGGUAUGGCAGUUUGUUCUGCUUUCAUGGUGCUGGUCGCCAUUCUUGCGUUUGCUCUGAGGGUGCUCUUGCAGAAGGCUAAUAGGCGUUCUACGAAUGGGGCUUUGUUCGAUUCCACCCAAGAGGUAAAUGGUGGGUCUGGGAAUGGUGAGGAGCGAGAUGAACUUAUCGGUGGUGGGCGGAGAGGAGAUUUGGAAUGUGAUACUGGGGACCAAAGAUUUGUGUACAUGAUUUAA